AUGACCUCUAUCGCUGCCGCUUACACGCCUAUAUCCGAUAACUUCCUCCGCCUGGUGCCCGAUGCUGGGGUCGAUAUGGACAUCCACACCGGCAAGCUGCUGGCACCACUCCUGAUCCCUCGCGUGCCCGGAACUCCUGGGAUCCGCGCAGCGCAGGACCACUUUGUCAACUUCUUCAAGAACGAGCUCCCGAAAUGGAAGAUCGAGUGGCAGAACUCAACCUCAAAGACGCCCUUGUCAGGCGACUCGGAGGUGCCCUUUAGCAACCUUAUAUUCUCGCGCGAGCCCCCCUGGACAAAGACGGGGCAGGCCAACAUGCUGACGCUGGUCGCGCAUUACGACAGCAAGAUCAGCCCCGAGGGCUUCAUCGGCGCGGUCGACAGCGCGGUACCCUGUGCAAUUUUGAUGCACGUGGCGCGCAGCAUCGACCAAUACAUGACCCAGAUGCACGACGAGAUGGUAGAGUUGGGAGAGUUAGGCGGCACGCCUGCAAUGGAUAUGGGCGUGCAGAUACUAUUUCUAGACGGCGAGGAGGCAUUUGUGAAGUGGACGGAUACGGAUAGCUUAUACGGGGCCAGAGCACUGGCCGCACAUUGGGAGACCGCACCAACAAUGGUGCAGGCCAAUUUCCCGAACCGGCUGAACCAAAUCAGCAUGUUCGUUCUACUAGACCUGCUGGGAUCUGCAGGCCCCAAGGUCCCGUCAUAUUUCCAGUCGACGCACUGGGCGUAUCAGGGCAUGGCUCUCCUCGAGGAGCGCAUGCGUGGUUUUGGCCUCCUCGAGACCAAGCCCGACCACCCCUUCCUGCCCGACUCCGGCAAGAUGUCGACGCAGUUCGGGAGGGCGUUCGUGGAAGACGACCACGUUCCGUUUCUUCAUCGGGGCGUGCCAACGCUCCACAUAAUACCAAGCCCCUUCCCGAUGAACGUGUGGCAUAAAAUAGAGGACGACGGCGAGCACUUGGAUAUGCCAACCGUGCGGGACUGGGCGAAGAUCGUGACGGCGUUUGCACUUGAGUGGCUAGAUAUGUCAGAGGUGGAGCCGAAUGCUGGGAAGGUGAGGAGAGAGUUCCAAGGGUGA